CCAAAAGAAGGUAAGUUCAUGCAAAGUUAUAAAGAGCGAAUUUUAAAAUUACGUCAAGCAGAAGACCCAGAAGAAUAUAUAUUAAAGUUAGCUAUGACAAUAUUUCCUAAUGAAGAAAAAUAUCAUAAAAUCAAAGAUGAUUAUAAAGAAUUUUAUGGACAAGACCCAAAGAUAUUUACUUCUAUUAUGAAACUAUAUAAAUUAUAUUACAAUUUAGCUAAAGAUCAUUUCGUUAAAAAAGCACAAAUUGAUAAAGAAGCAGAAGAUUUUCUUAAUUUAUAA